UCUCAUUGAGUUAACGUCGAAUUAAAAUUUCUACAAUAUGUCUGGACGCGGCAAAGGUGGCAAAGUCAAGGGAAAGUCCAAGACUCGUUCAACGAGAGCUGGUCUUCAAUUCCCAGUAGGCCGUAUUCAUCGUCUGCUACGCAAAGGAAAUUACGCAGAACGAGUUGGUGCUGGAGCUCCAGUUUACCUAGCAGCAGUUAUGGAAUACUUGGCUGCUGAAGUCCUUGAGUUGGCAGGCAACGCAGCUCGUGACAACAAGAAGACUAGGAUCAUCCCUAGACAUCUACAAUUGGCCAUCCGUAACGACGAGGAGUUGAACAAACUCUUGUCAGGAGUUACCAUUGCACAAGGUGGUGUACUUCCCAACAUCCAAGCGGUUCUCCUUCCAAAAAAGACUGAAAAAAGCAGUUCUUAAAUCGUUCAACAAACAAUCGGCCCUUUUCAGGGCCACAAAAUUUUAAUACGUUGGUCAGUUCUAAUUCUACAACAUUUUUUUUAUUAUGAAACCCUCAUUAUAAGUUUAACACACUUUAAUUCCAAUUGCGGCAGCGAUAUAAAUAGUCCUCUACAAAACAUUACAAAGAAUUGUUUUUUCUGAUUCAUUGAAAAACGGAAUUUCUUAAUUUUAUUUACAAUUAUGGUGUACGGACGACAAAAAAAAGAAUAUUCCAAGUUGAUAAAGAAAACAACACGAAUAUAGAAACUCGUAACUAGCCAGUUCAUUAUCGACGCCCAUCUUAAAAUAAUUGUCUUCACCAGCGAUUCUGAUUAUUUUAAUUUCCUACUUAGUGUAAUCUCUUUUUACUUACAUUAAUUAUUCGAUAAUUACUUUAAUCAUUCAAUUUCGUAUUUUUUCUGAUCAAAUUCAAUGACAAAUGUAACAAAAUAAAAUCUAUUCUCUCCAUGGGAAUACUGCCGUGAUAAAGUAAUUGAAUUACAAUAAACGAUAAUUAAAAGAA